CCUCCUCCCACUCUGGACCUUGGAAACCUCCAGCUCAGAGGGCUGUCCUAUACACCGAGCACUGCUCCCUUGCUAAGGCACCGCACACCCAGGGGCCCCAACGCCAGGAUCCUGAGAGGCCUGGCAGCAGCAUGGAGCUGGUCCGGGACGGCUUCCGCCUGCCGCUGGCUUACGUGAAGGGGGUCCCGCUCAUCAACUACUUUGCAGAUGCCAUAGAGCCGCUGCAGAGCUUCCAGGCCCGGCCCGAUGACCUGCUCAUCAGCACCUACCCCAAGUCGGGCACCACUUGGAUGAGUGAGAUACUGGACAUGAUCUACCAGGGCGGUGACCUAGAGAAGUGUCGCAGAGACCCCAUCCACACGCGGGUGCCCUUCCUUGAGUUCAAGUGCCCAGGGGUUCCCUCAGGGCUUGAGAGUGUGAAGGACACCCCCGCCCCACGGCUGCUCAAGACGCACCUGCCUGUGGCCCUGCUCCCCCAGACUUUGCUGGAUGAGGUCAAGGUGAUCUAUGUCGCUCGCAACGCAAAGGACGUGGCCGUCUCCUAUUAUAACUUCUACAAGAUGUGCACGUUGUUCCCGGAGCCUGGCGCCUGGGACGGCUUCCUGGAGAAGUUCAUGGAUGGCGAAGUGUCCUACGGGUCUUGGUACCAGCACGUGCGGGAGUGGUGGGAGCUGAGCCACACCCACCCUAUUCUCUACCUCUUCUACGAGGACAUGAAGGAGAACCCCAAAAGGGAGCUUCAGAAGAUCCUGGAGUUCGUGGGGCGCUCCCUGCCUGAGGAGACCAAGGAGCUCAUCGUCCAGCGCACAUCCUUCAAGGAGAUGAAGAAGAACCCCAUGACCAACUACACCACCCUACCCUGUGAGGUCAUGGACCACACGGUCUCCCCCUUCAUGAGGAAAGGGAUCGUGGGGGACUGGAAAAGCACCUUCACCGUGGUCCAGAGUGAGCGCUUUGAUGCCCACUGUGCCGAGAAGAUGGCGGGCUGCAGCCUCCCCCUCCGCUGGCAGCUCUGAGGGCUACACAGGGUCCUGUUCCAAGGCGUGUGAACAGGCCUGACCCUACUGCAGGAAUAAAGGGCGAUUGCUAAACCAGG